UUGAUGCGAUGUGGCAUCGCUAACAAAAUAAAAAGUAUUUUUGUGAACUGUCAAAUUUCUAUACUUUCAAUUUUACUUUAGUUUUUAGUUUAACUUUUAAAUACUGAAAACUACAAUACUAAGAAAAUCGUUGAAUAUAAAAUUGUAAGCGUUCCCAAGUAAACAAAUUCGAAAUUCCAAAAUCCAUUUAACAAAAACUUGAUUGACGUGGGGUAAUAGAAAAGCCAGCGAUGCCCCAACAUUACAAACUGCAACAACAAAGUAGUCAAAAUAGUGCAUCUGAUAAUGGCAAAAAGAGAAGUGCAGGAAAAAACAUGGCUGAGUCCGAUCAGAAAAACCAAAAGCGGGGGUUGUGGAGGGGAGGAGGAACUGGCGAUGCCGGGGUACUAAGGCAGCAGCACAACUCUCAACCGGAUCAGUUAUUGCAUGUAACAAAAGAAAUAGCCAAUCAGUCAAACAGUAAAAUCCAAGAAAAUCUCUCAAACAUGUGCAUGGAGCAGCUACAGCUACAAAUGCAAACGAUUUUAUCGUUUAACCAAAUCCCGCUGGCCUCUGCAAGCAAUACCAAUUCGGAAUCCCAUCAGAGUUACCGUCGGGGCUGGCUGGAACAGCAGGGGGAAUCUAAUGAUUUGUUACAAACCGACCAGCGAAAUUCCGAAAAUAAUCAUCCGCUGAGCAAGUCUGCACGUUUACGCCAGAAACGUAGAGCUGCUCAAAUAAAUAGAUACGUUGCUAUUGAUUGUGAAAUGGUGGGGGUGGGUCACAACGGACAGGAUGAUAUGCUAGCACGAGUAUCCAUCGUAAAUAGACAGGGCAAAGUUCUGUUAGAUAAAUUUGUUAAACCAUGGAAUAAAGUAACGGAUUACAGAACAAGCAUUUCCGGCAUAAGGCCUGAGGACAUCCAAGACGGUGAUGAUUUUCAUUUAGUUCAGGAUCAGGUUGUUGAACUUCUUCAGGGAAAAAUCCUGGUGGGACAUGCCAUACGCAACGAUUUGGCUGUGUUACACAUCAAACAUCCGUUCAAAAAUAUACGCGACACUGCCCGGUACAAACCUCUUUGCCGUCUAGUUUCUAACGGCCGAACACCAAGCCUUAAACAUCUUAGCCAAGUUAUUUUGGGAAUGGAAAUACAAGUAGGAGAACAUAACUCCGUGGAAGAUGCACGUGCGGCCAUGAAAAUAUAUAAUCGACUCCGGACCGACUGGGAAAGAUAUAUACAAAAACAAUAGAGGCAAAACAAAUAGAGAAAGUGUGUUCCAAGAAGCUCAUUAACAUGUGCCGAUUUAUUUUUUACGUGUACACCUAAUACCGAUUAAGUAACUUAGGUGUAAGUAGCUCAAAUGCACCCCGACAGAGAAAAAAAAUUAAAUAAAUCAAAAAGUAAUACAAAAAACAUAA